CCGCAGGUCUCGUGCUGACGACUAUCAGUGCCGGAGGAAACGUGCCGGGCAGCGUACAGCCAGCUCGGGAAUCAUAAAACAAAACAAAGUCACGAAAAUGAGGCUGCAGUUCUUGUUUUUCCUCGGCCUGAGUGCUCUAGUCAGUGGAGGAGAAACCUCGCACGAUGCCGAGAGGCGAAUGCAUCCAGUGUUCUCCCUGAUGCAAUCCGCAUCCGCAACUGGAGGUCGCUUCAAGCGGGCCAUGCCCCAAAUAGUUUUCGAUCCAAUAAGGACGGAGGAGCGCUACGCGGAGUACUGGCAGGGAUUGGCCGCCCAGACUCUGGAGCAGCAGCUCGAAAGCAAGUCGCGGAUAAACACACAGCUGGCCAAGAACGUGAUGCUCUUCAUUGGCGACGGCAUGUCCAUACCCACGAUCACCGCGGGAAGAGUUUACCUGGGCGGCGAGGAGAAGCAGUUCGCCUUCGAGGAGUUCCCCUACGUGGGUCUCAGCAAGACCUACUGUGCCAACAUGCAGGUGGCCGACUCCGCCUGCACGGCCACCGCCUACUUGGGCGGAGUCAAGGCCAACUACGGAACGAUCGGAGUAAGUGCAGCGGUGCAGUUCAAGGAUUGCGGUGCGCAGGCGCAGUCCGCUCACCAUGUGGCCUCCAUUGCGGCCUGGGCGCAGAAAAAGGGAAUGGCCACCGGAUUGGUGACCACCACCUCGGUGACCCACGCCUCGCCAGCUGGGGUGUACGCCCACCUGGCCAACCGGAACUGGGAGAACGAUGCCGAGGUGGUGGGCGAUAAUGGAGAUCCCACGCUCUGUCCGGAUGCCGCUGCCCAGCUGAUAAACAGCCCCGUGGGUCAGAAGCUAAACGUGAUUAUGGGCGGCGGUCGCGAGAACUUCCUGCCUAGUGGAGUGACCGAUAGCAGUGGAGCACCUGGUCGCCGCCUGGACGGACGCAAUCUCGUCGAGGAGUGGAAGGGUCAGCACACGAACAGUGCUCACUACGUGGAGAACCGCAGGGAUCUGCUAAGUCUCACCAACCAGACCUCUCGAGUGCUGGGUUUGUUUGCCCCCUACCACAUGGCCUACCAUCUAGACGCCAAUCCUAAAGAGCAACCCACUCUGGAGGAGAUGGUCAAGGCCGCCAUGGACAUCCUGGAGCGCCAGAGUGCGGGGCGUGGCUACUUCCUGUUCGUGGAGGGCGGAAGAAUCGACCAUGGCCACCAUGACACCUUGGCUCUGAGGGCCAUCGAUGAGACGGUGGAGUUCGACAAGGCGGUGAGAUUCGCCAGGAGUCACACCAGCACGGAUGAUACCCUGAUCGUGGUCAGCUCGGAUCACUCGCACACCAUGUCACUGGCGGGUUAUUCCAGCAGGAAGAACGAUAUAUUCGGGAUCAACGAUGGUCAGCUGGCGGAGGAUGACCUUCCAUAUGCCACUCUGAGCUAUGCCAACGGACCGGGGUACAAAAGUAACUUCCUGAGGGAAGGAGGCCUCGUGAGAAGGAAGAAUCUGAGGGACAUUAACAUGAAGAACAAGGACUUCAUGUUCCCCACCACAGUGCCCCUGCAAUCGGAGACGCAUGGCGGCGAUGAUGUGGCAGUCUUCGCCAGUGGACCGUAUGCCCAGCUUUUCUCUGGCGUCUACGAACAGCACUUCAUUCCCCACGCCCUCGGUUACGCCUCCUGCCUCUCCGAUCGGAACAUGUGCGUGGAUGGGGGCUUGGCAAGGCGACCGCGUUGAAACUUGACAGGGGUCGAGGGUCAAGUGGAAUUUAUGAAGACUCAGGGACCACUGUAUUAUUCUCGCUUAAGAGAGAAGCCUUUAACUAUACUACAUUUAUAAGGGGGGAUACUAAAAUAAACAAAUUAAAUUUAAAAACAUUA